CGAAUACACUAUUACCGAUGAUAUCCGGAAAUCGCUCACACUAGCUGAUAAAAGCUUCCCCACUGAGCUGUCGCGGCACAACUGGCCUAGCAUCGGACACGCAAAGACUAUCAACAGCCGAACGCUUCAUCUUCUUUUUAACACUAAAAAAAUGCUGUCUGUCAAGCUAUGUAUAGUAUUAUGUGUCUUUGUAAUCGUCUUUGAAGAGUCACGGGCAGUUCCUCAGGACACAAGCUUAGCAUCAAGUGAUAAACUCUCUCGGAAAAACGCAGGCGCGCCCUGUGUUGGGAAGGAUUGCGAGGAGAGACGAGGAAUAAGGGCUAAGUGGUAUAGACGGUGUCCUAAAGGGGCGUUGUGUUCGAGAACAACGAGAAAAGAAAAGUCAGAGCAUCGUCGCCAAAACAAGAAGAGUUUUCAAUCCAGAGAAAACGAUGAAGCGCCAUCCAAAUUCGCUGCGUGUAAGCCUGACCUUAUGUGCAAGAAAAAAAGUGAUUUGCCUAGACGUAUAGCAAUUCGUUUAGGAUACAGGGAUGCACAAGACAUCCCCGAGUGCCCUGACGCCUUCUGGUGCAAGAGAAGGCAGAAAAGCCAGCGCCGUAGCUUCUCUUGUCCGCCAGGGCUCUGGUGCAAGAGGUUAGCGGAGGAUAGUACGGUCUGUCACGAAGGUUUUAAUUGCAAGCGAAGUGUUUCUGCCGAGCGUCUGCGAGCGGCCGGAUAUUCUGACAGUGCUAAGGGAUGUCCACCAGGACUGUGGUGUAAGCGAGCCGUUUAUGCCUUUAAGUUGAACUGCCCUCCAGGUCUUUGGUGCAAACGAGAGAGUGAAGACGACCAAAGACCGGAUAGACGGGAAAACGGAAUUGAGCAAAAAUCGGUUAAAAAAGGUAUUGAAGUUGAUCAAAGACCAGACAGACAAGACAGCGGAGUUUACCAAAGACUGGAAGGCGACGAGAAUAAACCAAGCUCGGACUGCCCUCCAGGACUUUGGUGCAAACGGAAUAACGAAGUUCCACGUAGAUCAGAUAAACGUGUCGACCGAAUCUCGGACUGCCCCCCGGGUUUAUGGUGCAAGCGUGGUCUUACGCGCAACCUUGCCGCAGUGCUGGGCUUUAAACGCUCAGAUUCGAUCGCGAAUUGCCCGCCCGGGCUUUGGUGCAAAAGAAGCGAGAAAUCUCUUGACGUGGAUUGUCCGCUCGGGUAUAAGUGCAAGAGGCAGAUAUCCGAUGACCAGGGAGAUUUGACUGCCGAAUACCCGGGCUAUGAGACGUCUAGAACGAUGCCGGAGUGUCCGAGAGGACUCGUGUGCAAACGACUUCAUAACAACAAAAAUUCAAACAACCAGAAGAAGUCCGCUAGCCUCCCUUGCCCACCGGGCCUCUGGUGCUAGAGAAAGCGAAAUUUAAGACAUAGCUAGAAAUGUUAUUCAUCGUGAAACCGAUGGCACAGGAAAUCAAUGUUGUACCGAUCAUUUGCAACAGUAAGCCUCAAAAGGGAAGCACCGAUAGCCAUGUAUAGAACACGAUGCACACCCUAAAUAUGAUAUAGAAUUAAUGUUAUAACGAAUUUUGAGAAGAAAUAAAGGUGGACCGUAGUAAA